GCCAACCACAAAGCCCGGAAUCUCGUUCAUUGCGUCUGCUCGAAUGUCAAUGGUUCCAGUGGCAGCCAUAACAAACCCAGCGUAGUAACGACUUUUAUUAACUAUUUCUGCCUACCAGCGUCAGAUUUUAUGUAAAUCUACGUCUCAAAUUAAUAUCAUUUAGAAGAUUUCCCAUUAGUUUAAUAAUUUUCUGGCAGAAUGUCGGCCAUGUCGUCGGUGUCAAAUGUGGAAAACUUAUCCCCUCAAACCAUCCGAGGUGUGUGGAAAGAACUCUCUAGCUUAGUGAAAGAACCUCCUGAAGGCAUCAAAGUGUACAUGAACGAAGAAGAUGUAACUGAUAUUCACGCCACAAUUGAAGGACCAGCGGGGACACCUUACGCUGGGGGAGUAUUCAAAGUAAAACUAACUCUUGGAAAAGACUUCCCUUCAAGCCCCCCGAAAGCAUUCUUUCUAACAAAAAUUUUCCAUCCAAACGUGGCGUCGAGUGGAGAAAUCUGUGUUAACACCUUGAAGAAAGACUGGAAUCCUGACCUUGGCAUUCAACACAUUUUAUUGACUGUCAAAUGCCUCCUCAUUGUACCCAAUGCCGAAUCUGCCCUCAACGAAGAAGCUGGCAAAUUGCUUCUAGAGCAGUACGAUGACUAUUUUAGGAGGGCUAGGAUGAUCACAGAUAUUCAUGCUCAGAAUACAAAUCUCCUCAAGGACUCUUCGGAUUCAUCAGAGGGACCCCAAGCUAAGAGACAUGCCACUGACAAGAAGCUUUCAGCUGACAAAAAGAAGCUCUUGAAAGACAAGAAACGAACUUUGAAAAGACUAUGACCAGCAAACAAGUUACAAUCCCUAAUCUUCAUCAACCUUUAGCAAACUUUUAGAACUCAUCAAGAUUAGUUGAUCACACUUUCUGAGUUGGAUCUGUCAUUUUCUAUUUUACAUUAAAUCGCAUGUUUCAGUUUAUUGAAAGAGAUGUAUUUUAUGAGAAGUGAUUGUGGAUUCAUUUCACCAAGGAUGAAAUUAACAACUUGAACUGUAAAAUUAAUGAUUUAGCGUGCAUUUAAUCGUUCUCUCCAUACAGCAGGUGACAUGAUUAACUUUCAUUAGUUGCUGAUCGGUCGUCUACUGUGCAAAACUAAUCUUAACCAAAUUAACCCAAUUAAUUGCUGUUUUCAAAAUCAACUUAAAAUUUGCGGUGAAAUGAUGUGCAUAUAAAGUGAUUGAUUUAACUGAACUGGUCAUCAUUGUGUACCUUUGUAAAGCACAUUAUUUGCACACCAAUAUGCAUGAAUUUCCAAAUUAAUAAAUUCCCCUGUGUUUCCUGGAAAA